AUGGCGGAUUUCAUGAAUCAAAUCUUGUCAAAACCACUCCAGUUAGCAAAUCAAGCAAUAAAUCUAGCGAAGGGAGUCGAUUUCUUCAAACAAGAGUGCGACCAGAUCAAGCACCAGAUCGAAAACCUUGUAGCAAUCUUGAAUCUUAUGGUAGCUCAAGGAAGCUCCGUCUCCUAUCAACGGCCGCUACAGCGAACCGUCGCGGAGACCGAGCAAGUCCUCGACGGAGUCAUCGCUCUCCUCCUCAAAUGCGGCGGCGAUGGAAUCAGGAAGCUACGCGUGUUCGUGAUAAUUCCUACAGCCGUAUUUCAGAAAACGUUAUCUCAACUAGAAAGUUCCGUUGACGACUUCACCCAAAUCCUACGGCUGUUAGAGUACUUAGAAAGUCAUUCCUAUGAACAUCUUGAUCAUCCAAGAGAUUCAUUAGAUGUGCAUCAUGAUGAUCGUCAGUAUCAAGAAUCAGUAUCUGAUGUAAAGUAUAAUUAUCUAAGGGAUUCCUUAGAAUUAUAUGAUGAUAUAUUAUGGAGUGAUUUGAGCGAUGAAGAUCUUGGUGUACACUAUUGUUCCCACCACUCCAUAGAAAAGUACAUCCCUCCUAUAGUCUACAAUGAUCCUGAUAUUUUUGCAUUUUGGAAACUUAUUGAAACUGGAGAUUAUCAUUUGCAUCAGGAUUCGAUUGACGGUUAUCUGAAUGUGGUUUCUGAUAGUCUAAAAGCAACAUCAACUAAUCUUCAGUUUCAUAACAUCCUUUGGGCAGUAUGGCCGCUUAUUGGCAACCUAUAUCAUACUUCGCAAGAUCGUCGAUCAUUCGGGGUAAAAUUGCUUUUGUUGGUUUCGCAACUCAGUGACAACCAUAAGAAAGUGAUUAUCGAGGAAGGAGCGGUCUCACCGUUGCUGAAAUUGAUGGAAGAAGGUGGUAUUGAAGAUCAAGAAACGGCUGCUAAGGUAAUCGGAACAUUAGGGUAUGACUCGGAAAGUGUGAUUCGGAUGAUUGAUGCCGGUGUUUGUUUGAAAUUUGGUGAAGUACUUAAAGAAGGUCCUAUGAAGGUUCAAGCUGAGGUAGCUUGGGCAAUAUCUGAAUUUACAGCAAAUUGUCCCAACUCUCAAGAUGUGUUUUUGCAGCUUAAUAUAGUUUACUUACUCAUUAAGCAUCACCUUUCGUUUGAGACAGUUCGACUUGAUCAGAAUGCUUUUGUUAUCAACAAAGCCACAUCUGUUCUUUCGAUGGUAACGGCAAGAAGUCGACUCGAUAGACAAAAGGCAAUGGAUGAAAGCGAUGACAACAAAAACUACAAAAGCCAGAAUCCUUCGCUUCGGAGCACUAGUUUAAAGGAUCGGGAACUGGAAGAGCCUAAGACAAAGCACCAAAUGCAGGCGAUGACCGCUAGAGCGUUGUGCAGCCUUGUCAAGGGAAACCUCCCUAUUUGUUGUUGCAUUGCAGAGUCGAGAGCUUUGAUGUGGUUUGUGGUUCUCUUGGAUAUCGGAACAGAGGAUCUUCAAUAUCAUUCAGCUAUGGCAUUGAUGGAGAUCGCAGCAGUAGCAGAGGAAGAUACGGAAUUGAGAAGAUCCACGUUUAAGCGUGGUUCACCUGUUUUUAAAACUUUCGUAGACCAACUCAUGAAAAUCAUUGAAAACCCGAAAUCCAACCUUCUCAUCCCAUCCGUCAAAACUAUUGGUUAUUUGGCAAAGACAUUUAGAAUGACGGAGGCAAGAGCAAUCGAUUCGUUGGCAGUAAAUUCUCUCGAGAAGUUCGCUUGCCCAGAAAACUUUCUUCACAUUGAUUACUCCAAGGAAAUCAUCAGGGCCGGAGGAGUAAAGCUAUUGCUUGAACUUGUACGUCUUGGUGAUAUGAAACUCUCGGCUUAUAGUCUCCUAUUUCAUCUUGCGUCUUAUGUACCGGAAGAUAAUGCGGUAGCAGAGGCUAAGGCUUUGUUUGAGUGGAAGCAAGCUUCCAUUAGUCUUACUGUUACUCAAGAUAAAUCAUUCGACUCUCUACUAACAAAGGCUAAAAGUAAAUUAGCACUUUUCUAUAUGACUUCUUAUCAGGUAUUUAUGUUAAUAAUACCCAAUUUUGCGAAGAAGCUGCACAAAGCAAUGUCACAACAGCACUCUAACUGCAACUUAAAGGCUCUAAAUGCAACAAAGGAAACUAAUGACUGGUUGAUCAAACCCAAAAAACAAAAAGCAGAUGGAAAUGAAAUUGAACAUUACAUUACACAGCAUCAGCCUCCAGACAGGAUUUCUGAAGACAUCACUCAACAACUAGAAAUUAAGCAUAAAGCACAGUCACAAAUCACAUCUUCUAGUUAG